AUGCUGAACGCGCUCCUCUCCGCCGACCUCACCAAGAAACUACAUACCAUCGCUUGCUCAAUCGCCUUCCUCGGAAAUUUGCUAACGCUCUACCUGAUUGCCACCAAGUCGAACAAGUCUGUCGGCCGAUAUGCCUAUUUGCUAUUUUCCUUCUGUUGCGGAAAUUUGAUGUUGACGGCUACGGAUUUGGCCAUAGUUCCGCGCGAGCUGUUCAAGGCAUUGAUAAUACAGCUCCUCAUCCCCCUAUUCUGCAACUACAUCCCCGUCGGAAACCUCUUCUUCUCCUCAAUUUUUGGCGGAAUUAUGGUCAACGUGGAGUGUACUGUACUGCUCGUUUUGGUCGACCAAAUGAUGGAACCGCUCGUUAUUAUAUAUUUUAUUAAGUGCUAUCGG